ACUCUCCAGGAGGUACUGGAAGCCCCGGUACCCCGGGUACUGUGAGCAGACCCACCUGUGACAGAGCAGAAAGCAGCAGUGGUGGCUCAGGGCUGGCAGCACCAUGAAGCACCCUGGCAGUGGGCAGGGUGCUGGCAGCUGCCAGAGCAUCCUCAGCAGUGGUGCGUGCCCCCGGUGCUGGGUGCCAGCAGGGUGCAAGCCCUUGGAGUACUCACGCGCCAGAGAGGAUGAGGAAGGAGCCCACGGCGCUGCUGCCCCAGCCCAGGGCUGGCAGUGAGGGGCAGUCAUCAGUCAGCUCCCCCCGCCUGCCCUGGAAGUUCUCCUGCUCAAAGAGCAUCAGCCUGCUGCGCCCAUGGUCCUGCCGCCAAGACGGGCAUGGUGUCAGCAUGGCUGUCCUGCCUGGUCCACCAGCUGGCGGUGGGCUCCAGGGACCAGCCCAGUGGUGGGUUCUGGGGGCCAGCCCCCCAGCAGGGAGCCAGGGGGUCACUCACGGCACAGGUGAUGGGGCGGAAGGAGCACAUUCUCUCCACGUGGUAGGCGUUGCUGCCACUCCAUGCUUCCCAGCACGGGUACUCACCACGCUCCAGCACAAACUGCUGCCCCUGGAAGCCACAGUGCUCGAAGCCUGCCCACCUGCCAGGGGCGAGAGGGGUGAGACCCCACAGCACCCACCACCCUGCUUAAACCCCAGGCUGUACCCUCUGCACCAUGCAAGGAUGGGGCCAUUCUCCAGGGGAAACAGCCCUGUGAUUCAGGUGGCAAAAGGCACUGGAGAGCACCAUCCUCCAACCCCCCUCCAUCUGUGGGGUGCCGAAGCACGGUGGUGUGUCAGUGCCCCAUGACCCCCACUCACGCCCCACUCUCGAUCUUGCAGGAGCGGACGGUGCUGAAGCCGUGCUCCGCGGUGCUGUAGCAGUCAGUGGUGAACUCGUGCUUCUUGCCCUGGAAGAAAGGCUCAUCCCACACCACGAUCUGGGGAGGAUGGAGGGAGUCAGGGGGUUCUGUGGGUGCAGAGGCCCCGAGCAGAUGUUCACAGGGUUCAGGCUGUGUCACCGGUCCUCCCCUGGCUCCCGUACCUUCCAGAGACCAGAAGACCUCCUGCAGCGGUGGGUCAUGGUAGCUCUGCCAGGGCACAUGGGACGGUUAAAAACUGCCCCAGGGCUGGUGCAUCGCUGGCCUUCAUGAGCCUGGCCCGACCCAUGAGCCCUGCGCUGGGGACUUGGCCCUUCCCUGGGACCCCCACGUCCUGGGAUGGGGCUUCAGGCCACGUGUUGUGUGGGCAGUGCAGGCAGGUGGAGGCAGGAGCCCGCAGCCGCCUGCUCUGCUCUGCGGGACUUGCUCCAGCCUCUGUCUGGACAAAACCGCCCUCUGGAGCCUGUGCACGUUCCUUGGCUGGCAGUGUGGGAGGCAGUGAUGGGGCAGACAGACCAGGUGCAGAGCACGGGCCAGGGCUCUGCCAGCCCAGCCGGAGCUGCUGUACGGGCAGGUGUCUGGCAGGGCAGCCACGGACCUGGCAGCCAUCCUGGCAGCACAGCCCAGCCCAGCAGCAGGGUGAGCACGCUGCCUGCCCAUGCACGGGGCUGCCUGUGCCCAGGGACACUCCUCCUCCUGCAGGCAGUCCCGUGCUGGUCCCCAGGCAUGCUCACUGCAUGCAGGCAGGGCCAGCGCUGAGCCAGGAGUGCUGCAGAGGUGGCCACAUGCCCACGCUGAGCAGCAGCACCCUGUCCUGCAGCCCCCAGCCAUGCCAUGCCAGCAGCCUCAGAUCCUCCUCCACACGUCGCCGUGGCAGCUCUGCCCCUAGGAUCCAGCCGUGCGGGGCAGGAGCAGCUGCCAUGAGGCUCCUGUGCUUACCUGGGGUGAGGUGCUGUGUGCCUGCGGAGGUGACAUGUCCGGCAGCCCUCCAGCUGGGUUUUUAUAGCCUCCAGAUAGAGACAGAGCCCAGGAGAGCAUUACUGAAACCCCUAACUCAGCACAUGGCAGGGAGGAGGGACCGGGCAGAACAAAGGCGACACUGCAGAGAAGCUGAUGAGCUGGGAUGAUGCUCCCGCUCCCCCAGCCCACCGAGCACGGGCUCUGACCCCAAGCCCCACAGCUGGGGUAUCGCCCCCAGGGUCUGAUCAGUGCUCCUGUCACCCAUCCAGCCCCCACGUGCAGCUGGCCUGGCACUGUGUCCCCAGCGCCUGCAGGCAGCACUGCCUGCCCUGCGCCUCGCUUGGGGCCACGGGGAGGUUUUCUCACCUGCUUUUCUAGGAAGUAGGAGUAAAGAUGCACCAGGGAGCUUGCUCUCCCUGCUAGGGCAGAGGAGCUCUCUCUGAAAGCCAGGGCAGCUCUUCUGCAGGUUGAGCACACAACCAUGGAGCAUCAGAACAAGCAGGGACCAGAGGCACGGGAAAGCAAGGGGUCCACAAAGGCAUUAAAGGGACCGAAGAUGCAGAUCAAGACUUCAGGAGUGCGGCAGCAGUCUCCUGACCCUGUGCACAGGGACCUGGAAAGAGCCUUCUGCAUCCACAUUUUGGCUACCUAAUACCUUCAAGCUCUGCUUACGAAGACCCCUCUACAAAUUGUCCUGGGGUUGUGCUGGGAGCACAGAGGGCACAGAGUGCCAAGCACGUGGCAGAGACACCUGCACAACCUGCCCCUUGGAGCGGGGAGCAGUGGAGCAGCAGCCAAAGGAGGCUGUUGGGCUGGGGGAACAACUGUGUUCCCAGGUAGUGCUGUGUUUUGGGACAGCAUUUGCUGGGAAACCACUGGUUGCUGAGCUGGAGCAUCCUCCUCCCUCCAGCCACAGCCCCAGCAGCGGUGGGCACCACCAGGGCUGAGCUGGGUCAACUCUGGCCGUCCGCACUGGGGGCAGGUUGGCACCUCUUUGCUGUGUUUCAGCUGUGUGCCCCAUGUGUCCCUCCAUGCUGGGGUGGGAUGGUGCAACCAGCGGCAGGGCUGCUCAAUGGGGAGGACAGACAUUUUGUGUCCCGGGGCACAGGAGUGGCUGAGGACAGAUCCCUGCUGUCAGCCUCUCUGCCAGGCUGCUGGGUAACUGCUCAGAGUAAUGGCCAAAGCAACGCAGAGCAGCUGUCAGGAGCAGAGUCCAUCCAAGCACAGUUUUCCAAGGACCAAGCCCAAAGGAGCUGUGAGAGAAAGCAGAGACAGGAGCAGGGUAGCAGGAGCUGGGCGAGACCUGCUGAUCAAUGCCAUGGGCAAGGCAGAGAGGUCAAAAACCCACCCUGCCUCCAAGAGGAAGAGAAUGCAGCUUAAAAUAGAAAUCUGUCUAACAAACUUGAAAAUGAGUGCAAACUGAAAGCCAUGAACCACAAAAAGCUGACCAGUACCAGAGUGCCCAGGGAACGGGCAGCAGCCCACACAACUGGCCAAGCCCACAGGCACAGUACUGCCACUGUAAAACUGGAGGAAAAGGAGGAGGGAUCAAUAAGUGCUUUUUGUUCAGGCUUUCAGCCAAUAGCCCAGAGGGUGCAGCUGGAUCCCACUGCUGCUGGUUAACACUUCACACCUGAGGGGAAUGGAAGAUGAUGGCAAAACGAGUUUUCUGAGCGCACAGCCUUGGGCGAUUUGCUGCUGCCAGUAACAAGGAGCCAGCCCAGGACUGCUGGUGCUGGAUGCUGCGGGAGGCUGGGGGACUGGAAAGGGCUGGAAGGAAGCAAGUGUGUGGGUAUUCACACGAUGGGCAGGAUCAUAGAAGGCACAUAGGGAGAGCAGCUGAUCAGAGGCUUGGAGGGAGUCAGGGGAAUGUCCCCCAGUGCCUCCUAGUGUGCAGAGUGGCCGUGGGGUGCAGGAGAUGCAGCACCCCCAGCUGAGCCAUUGUGGGGGCCGAUACCCAGUGUGUCCCCACCAGCCACCCCAUGCCCCCCCUGCCUGCUGUCAGCGAGGGACAGCACUGGUGGACUGAAACCUCAUGUGGGAUUUAGCGAUGGAGAAGGUAGGGAUGGUGUAGAAUGAGCAUAUCACAGGUUAAAAAGGCUAAAACUAAGCUAAUGGCCAUAACAGUGCAUGCAGUGAGCAGGGACAUCCACAGAGAACAGCAUUUUCGGGAACUGAGAUAUUUUGGAAAGUGUCAGCUUUGAUGACACAUCAUUUGGAAACAAAACCCCAACCCCCGAAGCAUUUCAAAACACUUAAGUCUUGCACCCUGGCAUCUUUAGGGCAGCGUGCUCAGGUGUUUGCACCUAUGGAGCAAUGUUUAAAGUGAGAGAUUUAGUGUUUAGAUGGGAGAAAUGAGCACAGGGCAGCACUGGGGCCAGGCAGGAUGCAGCCAUGGGGCUGGUGCAGCCUCAGCGUUGCAGUGGGGCUGGCGCUGCUGCUGGUGCGGAUGCCGGGGGGUGGGCAGGGCAGGGCAGUGUGUCGGCACCAGUCAUGCAAGGGCUAUAUAUGCCCUGUCGGGAUGGCCGCACGUGGGGCCACGGGUGCCGCUGCACGCUGCAAAGUGGCACGGUCAGGUCUUCUGUUGUGCCGCGGGCACAAAGGAAAGUGCUGGGUUCAGCGGCUGGGCAUGGGGCCGGGGAGAGGCUUCCAGCUCGCCCAGCGCUUUGCAGGAUGUGAUGACUGGGCGGCCACGCAGACACUGAUGAGCUGGCAGUUCCUUUGUGCGCCGGCCUGGGGGUCUGCCCUUGCCAGGCUAUAAAGUGGGGGCCUCACUGCACCCCGAAACACAAGCCCGCUCACUCCAACAAGAAGCAGCAGCUGCCCAGACGUGAGCCCAACACCGCGAUGUCUGAGACCACAAAACCCGCUGCUCCCGGCCAGGCUGCGGAGGAGAAGGAGAAGGCGGCCCCACCGGCAGCCCCAUCCCUCGACCCUGCUCCCAUCGCAAACAGCAAGGGCGAGGAACCCUAUGCAGAGGCCUUCAGGAUCAUUGUCUUCGAGCAGGAGAACUUCCAGGGCAGGCAGAUGGAGUUCACCACCGAGUGCCCGAACCUGGCAGACCGCGGCUUCGACCGGGUGCGCAGUGUCAUUGUCACCUCUGGACCCUGGGUGGCCUAUGAGCAGGCUAACAUGCGUGGGGAGAUGUUCAUCCUGGACAAAGGCGAGUACCCUCGCUGGGACACCUGGUCCAGCAGCUACCGGAGCGACUGCUUCAUGUCCAUGCGUCCCAUCAAAAUGGAGGCUGAGGACCACAAGAUCUCCCUGUAUGAGUCUGCUGACUUCAAGGGCAACAAGAUGGAAAUCCAGGAGGAUGACGUGCCCAGCCUCUGGGCUUACGGCUUCUGCGACCGUGUGGGCAGCGUGCAGGUGCCCAGUGGAACCUGGGUCGGGUAUCAGUACCCUGGCUACAGAGGCUACCAGUACCUCUUUGAGACCGGAGACUUCCGACACUGGAACGAGUGGUCUGCCUUCCAGCCCCAGAUCCAGUCCAUCCGCCGCAUCCGGGACAUGCAGUGGGACCAGAAGGGCACCUUUGUCACCCCCGACGCGCCCUCCGACUGAGCGUGCCACCUGCUAGCACCGAGUCCCGGCCCCGUGGGGCACCCCCGCCUCCCCUGCUCAGCACUUUCCUUGUACAUUGCACAUUCCCUGGAUGUACUCUACCUUGUGAGGCGAAUUAAAAAGAAAUCAGAAGGCUAGA